CUUCCGGGGUUUGGAAGCCACAGAAGAAGCCAUCCUCAGUCCUGGGAUGGCGGCGGCGGCCCUGCAAGGAGAGCUGUCCCAGAUGUCUCAUUUUUCUAUUGAAGAUGAAGCUCUCUUACAACCUAUGCUCAGACAGUUAUUACAAAGUGUCAAAGAAAAAAUCACAGGAGCACCAUCUGUAGAAUGUGCCGAAGAGAUUCUACUCCAUUUGGAAGAAACAGAUGAGAACUUUCAUAACUAUGAAUUUGUAAAAUAUCUUAGAGAAUAUAUAAGUAACAUCUUGGGGUCCGUAAUAGAAGAAGAAACUGAAAAAUGUACCUCAGCCCAAAAUCAGGGUGAAGGUUCGAAUUAUGACACUCUGGUACAGCAUGUUACUAAAAAGACCCGGGAAUCAAAGGAGUAUAGAGAAAUGAUGCAUUCGCUGAAGAAUGUCAUGAUGGUUGUAGUUGAAUCUCUAAUUAACAAAUUUGAAGAAGAUCAAAUGCGCUACAAAGAGAUGCAAAGAAAAGUGAAAACAGAACCAUCCAACAGUUACUAUGCAGAUAACUGUUCUGAUAGUGAUUCUUCCUUUAACCAGAGUUACACGUUUAUGAAUCAAGAACAAUUACAGCUGCUUGUAGAAAGACUUGAUCCAACACAACCUAAGGAGGUCCGCCAAGAAGCCAUUCAAACCUUGUGUUCUGCACCCCCAUCUGAUAUUUUAAAUUGUGAAAGUUGGAGUACCUUACGUAAACAUCUUUCAACAGCACUCUCGGAUCCUGAUUCCAGUUUCACUGAUAAAGUCUUGAAAUUUUAUUCCAAGACAUUUUCCUCCUCUCCAUUAAAUAUGACAAGAGAACUCUAUACAAGCUUAGCAAAGUACUUAGAGGCAUAUUUUCUUGCUGAAGAUAAUUACAUUCCUAGUGUAUCAAUGGGUAUUGACAUAAGUAACCCAGACAUAAUAUGUUUACUUAAAAAGAUGCGACUCCUGAAUGAGUACCAGAGAGAAGUCUCUUCUUUUUGGAUACGUCAUCCAGAAAAGUACAUGGAAGAGAUAAUGGAGAGUACUUUAUCUCUUCUGGCUGUAAGGCAUAAUAAUUUAAGUCAGAUGGCUUGUUCCGAAUUUUGGGAUCCAGUAUACUUUUUGGCUUUGGUUGAUCUUAAAGCUGUGUGGUUUAAAAAAUGGAUGCAUGCCUACUACAGCAGAACAGUAGUGCUAAGGCUACUUGAAAAGAAAUACAAAUCUUUGAUCAUUGCAACUGUUGAGCAGUGUACCACCUAUUUGGAAGCUUGUGAGUCAGCACUGACUGGAUCAAGAAUGCUGAAUAUAUUUUCUACGCCACAUAAUAGUAAUAAACAAAAGAAUUUCUACACAGGAAAAGAAUUGCAAUAUAUUUAUUUUGUUCAUUCCCUGAGCCUCUUAGGCAGAUUAUUAAUAUACAAACAAGGCAGAAAACUCUUUCCUAUUCAACUGAAAAACCAAAAAGAACUGAUGACACUGACAGACCUCAUCAUAAUGUUUACGCGACUUAUUUAUUGUUCCCCAAAUUGUCCCAAACCCCUUACGGUGCAUUCAGGUAAUUAUUCUCCAGCUGGCCUCAUUACUGAUAUACUCCGGGUCCUUUGUGAUGGAAAGGAAUGUGCAACUGAAUGCCUAUAUACAAAUACAGUGAUAGGAGAACUUCUUCAACCACUACAUUAUUUACUGAAAGGAACAGAGGUAAAUUUGAGUUGUCCAGAAACAACUCUAACACAUAUAGCUGAUAUUUUGGCACGAAUUGCUGCUGCAGAUGAUGGUCUUUCACUACUUCUUUAUGGAGGAGAAAAGCCGCCUGCCACAGAAAGCACAAGCCUGAAGGGCGCACAUGUUAUUGCCCAGUUUACAAAGAAGCUUCUUGAUGAAGAUAUUUCUGUUUCGUCUGCAUCUGAGAUGUUACCAGUCCUCAAAGGAGCUUAUAUCUUUGUAUGCCGCCAAAUGUAUAGUACCUGUGAAGGCUUAGAGGUGCUGCUACCUUACCAGUUACAUAAAUCUAUUGCUGAAGCUUGGAAAAAGUCUAGUUUGCUUUCAGAGAGAAUUCCAACACCUAUAGCUGGGGUGGACACUGUUUCUUCAGUAAACCAAGAAUCUCAGAGUUGUAUUGUAUUAGAAGAAACGUUGUUGGAUGACUUGCUAAAUUUUGCUACCACACCGAAAGGUCUUCUCCUUUUACAGAACACAGGAACAGUCACUGAAUGUGUCACCUUCAUGUUCAACAGGUUCAUGAAGAAUCUCCAGGUGAGUGGAUGUGAAAAGUUUGGCUAUGGAGUAAUUGUUUCACAAGUAGCUGCAACUGCCCCUGGGGCUGCAGCUCUACAAAAUUCGGGAUUUAUAAAGGCCCUUAUUACUGAGUUGUGGGGUGUUCUGGAGUGUGGAAGAGAUGAUGUCCGAAUGACUCACCCCAGAUCAACGCCAGUAGAUCCAAUUGACCGAAGCUGUCAAAAGUUUUUCCUAGCUCUGAUAAAUUUGCUGUCCUGCCCUGCUGUUUAUGAACUGAUAGGUGAUCAAGAGAUACCUAAUAAAGCAGAGUAUUCUCUUCGUGAAGUUCCUACAAAUGUUGUUGAUAUAAUUGACAGGCUUAUAGUUGUUAACACUGAAGCUAAAAUCCAUUCAUUAUUCAACUAUGAGCAGUCUCAUAUCUUUGGACUGAGGUUGUUAAAUGUGCUGUGCUGUGAUCUAAAUACACUUCUUCUUCUAGAAUCUCAAUACAAAAUAUCAGAAGUGCUUUUAGAUGCCCAGAAUGAAAAUGUCAUCAGUAUUUCUGAAACUCCUCGGCAAUUUAUAAUUGAUGGCUUAUCGGUUGAGAGAAACCAUAUUCUUGUUAGAAUAAGUCACGUUGGGGGCCCAACUGAACGGAUCUUGCCUCUGAGAGUACUGCAUAAGGGUGAUGAUCCAUAUCCUUGGCCAAUGUUUUCAUCAUAUCCCUUGCCAGCAUGCUAUCUUGCUGAAUUUCCUAGAAAAAACCAUUCAAGGAAAGAUGAUGAUGUUAGCAAACUUUUAUCUAUAUUAAAAAACCCAAAUAAACAGGCGGGCUGGCUUGAAAAUGUUCAAAGGCAGUUUUGUGAAAUCAUGCAAAAGAAACCAGAUGUCGUAAGUGGAGCCAAUCUGGCAGAAUUAAUUGAAAAAAUUGUGUUGCACCUCUUUGAAAUACCAUCAGAACAUUAUUUCAGCAGCAAAGUAUAUGAAGAUACAAGAAAUAGCAGAUACAAGAAAUCCAAAUAGAAUGACGGAACAUACUAUGUCUUACUAUUUUUUAAAGAAACCCGAUAGAUUUGAGAUUUGCAAUGUCAGCAGAUUACCUAGUACAGCCAGCAUUCAUAUCCAAGCACAUAAACACCUUGGCUAAGUAUCAGAACACAAGGAGCAUGAGAAGACUUGAGUUUAGUGUUCUGGGGAAUAGAAUCAAUCUGAUAUGUAAGUGUGUUUCCGGACAGUGCAUUGAUAUUCUAUGUUAUCAUGUUUCUGGAAAUGAGAAAUUGAUUACCUUAAAUUACAGUGGCUUUCUAAACCUUGGGUGGUUAAAAUUAAAAUAACACUGUUCAUCCAGCUGUUCUGAAAUCUCUCAGGAUUUGAAUCCAUUAAAAUGUGCAAAUCAGGAAAAAUCACAUUAAUUUUGGACGAGAGUUUCAAAAGCGAAAGAGAAUAAUAAGCUCAUAUAUUGACAUUUAUAUAACUGUAGUUUUUAAUGGUAAUAAAAAAGAGUUAACUCAGGAUUGCCUGCCAGAAUUGAUCUGGAGGAGCACUCUUCUAUCUAACUGAGUGAGAAUACAGCUUGUAAUCAUGGGAAAAUGUAUAAAUGACUUGGAUGACUUACCUUUAUAUUCUGCCCAAACAAAAUAUUGUGCUGCAUAUGACUUUGAGCAUCUCUCCUAGUUUCAAAUAAUGAAAGUCGCAUUACGUAUAUAUGGGAGGAAAUUUUGCCUUUUUAUAUUUCUAUUCGUAAGUGGCAUCCAACUGGCUUCUAGUUUAGUACAUGAGGUACUGAGGAAGUUAGUGAAGCUAUAAUAUUUAUAUCUGCCAGUUUUGAAUUAAGAUAUUGUGAAGGGAGGACAACCCAGGUGUGGACUCUGUUACUUCAAAAUGCUUAUAAGAGGUUUUACAUGUCUUUAUAGAGUGGCAAGAAGAAGUAAAUUGGAGCACACCUUCCUCAUUGGCUGAUGGAGAGAGAGAGAGAGAGAGAGAGAGAGAGAGAGAGAGAGAGAGAGAGAGAGAUGUAUGCAUACAUACAAACAUACACCAACACACCAACAUGACAUACAGAGAAAGAUUAUAUUAUUAAUAGUAUAUUAUUGAAUACAAUGAUUUUAUGUAGUAUUGACUAAAGCUCCUUGGUUAAGAACCAUUCAUUCACUGAUGGUUUUAAGUUACAAUGGUGCUGAACACUUCUGAUUGCUGGCUGUUACAGUAGCUCCACCAUCACGUGGUUGUGAUUUGAGUGGUUGUCAACUUAGAAUACUUGCAGUGUGACAUAGUCACUGGAUCACCAUUUACAACCUUCCCUGCACAGCGUCCAAAAGCAAAGUCAAUGAGGAAGCCUGCAGAGAGAGUUGCAGUUGCUCCUGUUACUUACUCGCACUGCUUCUUUUCCCGAGGAGCUUGCUAUGGAGAUUUCAGGAAUCUUGCACUCUUUAGUAUAUACCUGGUUGCAACACCUCACAUAGGCCAUUCUCAAGUAGUGCUGUAGCAUCUCAUCCUCUGCUCACUUAUACUUGUGUCAUUGCGCUCCACCUGUCCAUAUUCAUAUGAUGCUGCUGUACCCAUCUGGACUUAAUAGCAUUCAUCUGCCCACUAGUUUGCUUGCAAGCCCCCCCGGGACUUACAAUUUUUCUACCACCUUCCCCAUUGACUUUGCUUGUUGAAAGCUGCAGAAAGUUGCAAGUUCCAGUCACAGGAUGGCCUCACUUAAAAACCCUUGAUUCCAGCUUAGCACUGGUAAGUGAUUACUACUGCUAAGUGAUGCCACAUUACUCAGUGAUGGAUAUUCCAGACUCAAUUGCCAUGAUUAAGCAAGAAAUUGAAUGAAACUAGGUUGAAUUAGAUAACUUAAGCCUUUAAUAAUAAAGAAAAAAAUAAAA